GGCACGGGAACGUGGUAGUGCGGACCUUGGGCUGGAGACAGACGGUCGCAUUCAAACAUUUCGGUUUCGGUUUCCCACAGAGCCGACUGUAUGAUCCGUGGCAUAGCAUAGAAGAAUAUGAAUGAGGACCCAAUCAUUCUCCUUGGAGAUCGUCGCCCUGCUGCUGCUCAUGCUCAUCCCGUGGCCCGGGCCCACGGUCUUUAAGAUCUCCUGCCCCAGGGACAGCGCCAGGAUCGUACGGAAGCUCGUCCAGAAGAAAUGGCUGCCGGUGCUGGAGAAGCGGUCGGUGAAGCUCGGGCUGGAGUGCCCGUUCCACCCGAGCCGGGACAUCUUCGGCGCGCAGCAGGCCGCCAAGCAGCAGCACCGGGCGUCGCAGUGGGCGUGCGCCUUCUGCGGCAAGAGCUUCUACACGGAGCGCCACCUCGACCAGCACUUCGAUAGCAGGCACCGGGACUCCAUCAACAUGGCGGAGGACGCGGUGUGCCUGGCGGACUACUGCGACGUGAUGCGGUGCGAGGUGCUGGCGGCGAGGGAGGCGCACGGCCCCAGCCUGGGCGGCACGGACAUCGAGGUGUGGCGGUCCAGCACGCACCAGGCCGGCAUGGCGCACCGCACCGCGCUGUCCGUGUCCGCGCCCCGCGACCUGGCGCGCGUCACCGCCUUCCCGUCACUCAAGGCGCCGCAGGGCCGCAAGGCACAGCAGCAGCAGCCGCCAACGCAGCCGCAGACGCCGCGGUGCGCGCCCAUACCGGGCGGCGGCGCGCGUGGGGCGACGGGCAGCCGGGAGCGGGAAGGCGACGCCCAGGGUGACGCCAACGCCACGGCCGACAUGUGCGACAAGGGGCAGACGCUGGUGGACUCGAGCGUGCCGCCCGCGCCGCAGCAGCAACAGCAGCAGCGGCUCAGCGAGAUGCAGCGCUUCAAGGCGGACUGCAAGCCCGAGGAGCUGAGCAAGCUCAAGACUCGUUGCGAGUUACUAGUCCGAGACUGCAUAGCUGGCUUACUAGUGAACCUCUCCGUGCAAGACUUCAAGGAGAUCGAAGAGGAGCUGAACCGCGCCUCCUGCUGGUACCUGACGUGCGACCGCUACUGGGAGGACUCCCCGCCCGAGGCGAGGGCCUCGCCCUGGACGCUGCUCGCCCUCAUGGGCGCCAUGCUGGCCGUGGGUGUGGUCGUCUGCUACUACAUCAUCUGGGUCCUUUUCGAUUCGUCGCAAGAGCCUUGGUGCGACAGUCCGGGGCUCGCCCCUCGAGACGCUCGAGACGGCCGAGGCCCCCAUGGGCCCGGUGGCCCCGGUGGCCCCGGUGGGUACGGCCCCUAUGGGCCGCAGGCGGCUCGCGGGCCCCACGCCGGCGACGACCCCUACGGCCACCCCAGCCACCCGGACGACCCCGUCCAAUACCACGGCGAGAUGGACGGCGACCAGUAUAUCUACGUCACGUACCCACCAGAACUCAAGCGCCGCCUGCUGGAGAGGCCCGCUCCGACCCAGCCGACGCCGGUCCCCACCACGGCGCACCAGUACCACCACCAACUCCACCAUCACCAAGUCUCGCAGCCCAUCAUGACCCCCAUCAUGUCCCACCACCACCACUACCCCAUGCACCACUCGCCGCACAUGUCGCACAUGCAGCACGCUGGCCCUCUCGCGGGCCAACUCGCGGGCCAGCACGCGGGCCAGCACAGCCCGCACGCGGGCCAGCACGUGCCGCGGGGAAGCCCCAUGGGCCGGGGAGCGCACCAGGCGCACCAGGGCAGCCCCAAGCAGCAAGAGCCCAACCCCUACGAGCGAGAGUGGCGAAUCUGAGGAUCUGAGUCGUGGGAGGGGAACGGGCGUUUGGGGUUCGGGGAUGGCGGCAGAGCCGGCUUUGGGCUUUGGGCCUGAACAGCGCCCGACUCCGGAGCGGGAAGUGCAGUCCUUUCCAAGAUUAUGCUUGUAAGCUUCUGCGGAGGGUCACCCCCUACCAACCCUGGAAGCUGAGGACCAGGAUACGGACUCGGAAACGCCCAGUCAGUCUAAUUCUCUAGAGUCGCGUUUUUUCAACUCGUGGCCCUCUGUUGUUGGUACGGUAACUUUUGCUCCCUGUUGACGGUUCGACGGUGAUUGCUGCCUGAGUGUGAUGACAGGCGAACAGCCAACCUAGUCAUCAUUUUUAAUUAGUAAUUAAUUUUUUUGGUCGGUGUCAUUACUGGAAAAAAGCUAGCAUGACAUUCGUGUGAUUCGGCAAUCACACGCAAUGUUGUAUUGAAUAUACUGCCUCAAAUGAGUGCAUUGGUUUCAUUGGACAUUUUUGAGAUUCUGAUUUCCCCUUUUUUUGCUAGUCACCAAGUUUUUUGGAAUUUGCCAGUAAAUUGAGAGCCUCAAUUCAAGGUUUCUCCAGCCUCUUUUCUUUAAGAUAAUUUUCCUAACUCUCUCACAAUUUGUUCAUAAAUUUUUAAAGGAAUUCAAGUGUUGUUUAAGUAUUGACAGGAAUGCUCAGUCCACAGUGUGACUACAAGUUAAUGCCUUAGAUUGUACUCCACGGCUGCAAGCCUUCAAUAAUGCAGCCAGUGUGUCUCUUCAUGUCCUGAGAGCUUUCAUAGAAUUUCAAGUUAAUACAGCAUAGAACUGAGUAUUAAUGAGCCAUCACGUUUUUGUAUCAUGUUUUCUACUGUCCCACAACUUUUCUUAAGGUUUGAACGCCAAUUUAGGUAUUUUGAGAUAACCUUGUCUGAAACAAGACAAAUUGAAAUGGAACCCACUCACUGGUUAUUUACUGUGUCAAAGCAUCAAGGUGCACUAUCACUGAAGCAUGUGUGAAUGCAGUGGAUCACUCUUCCAGUGAUGAGGAAUUUAUGUUAAUGAGUGUCUUUGAUCCUCUAAAUUACAAAUUCUGUUUUAGAACGCAAAUUUACAAUCCAUCUAAUUUGUUAAAGACGUGGUAGAUAAUUAAACCAGAGACUGCUAUUUGUUCAUAGACAUCCUCUUAUGGUAACAGCAUUAUUAAUGCAUGCAAGCUCAAGGAAGUGACUCAAAGAAGUAUUUUAGUUCCUUAGCAUAGUGAUUAGCAGCUCAAGUUGGAUAUUACUACAUAUGGAGAUUACCUGAGCACAAUAAAAUCUGACUUGGUAGAAAUCUUAAUGACUUAUUGUAACUCAUCAAGCAGUUCAGUUGUCACUUCCCAUUUUCUUACAGCUUUUUGACCAUGUAUGUACUGUAUUUUUUCUAAUGAAUUACAAACAUCUCAAUCGAUUAAUAA